AUGCGACGGUUCUAUCAUAUAGAAUAUCAUCUCCUUCCAGAUGACAGAGAGCCUAAACAAGUUGAUGUAGUAUUAUUUAGUUCAAUAAUAGCCAAAGUGUUCAUGGAAUCUGGAAUAAAGUCGGUGAGUCCAUGGAAUGAAAAUGAAAAACUGUGGCUGUCUUGGAAAGAAACUCACAAGAUAUCAAUCACAAGGGAAUUGUUAAAGAAACUAAACUAUCACAAAAUCACCUUUGAUGUAUGGGACGCCAAGGAAAAAACGUGUAAAAAAGCAAGAUUUUCUAAAGUAAAAAGUUUUAGUCGUCAGGAGGAUAUUCAUGGCAUGGAAAAAGAGUUGAAAAGAAGUCCAAGAAGGAAAAAGAAGAAAUUUAAAGUGACUGAUGAAGAUUCAGAAAUACCACCCUCCGGGAAUCAGAGUAUCUUCUUUAUGCAGUUGGAGCUCAUGCGUCUUCUUGCAGGAGAGAAAACUGUAUUGAGUCAUGCCAAAGAAACGAACUCCAAAAUUUUGGAUUGUUAUUUGAAUUUAACAGUAGAUGUCCCGCUUAUGACUGAUGAACAGAAACAGGAUUUAAACCCUUUGAUUAUCAAGAUCAAGGCAGUUACCUCCCUUCCAAUAGGUCCUGUGUCAGCCCAGGAAAUACAGAAAUUGUGUAUUCCAGUAUACUGCAAAUACAAAUUUUAUAACACUCCUGUUCACCAGACUCAAGGACAACUCUAUGGAAGUCAUGUUUAUUUUGAGGAUAUUAAUGUAAUCCUCAUAGGGUCUUUGAACCCCAGAAAUCUUCGUGAAUACCUGGAAGGACCACCAAUGGAUGUAGAAGUCCAUGACCGAGAUAAAAAAGAAGAGACAUAUUUAGCUCUUCCUGCCCUAUUUGGGGAAGAUUCAGCUGAUGCAACUAUGAACCAUUCAAUUAAUGCAGCCAACAUGGCUCAAGAUAUAAUAGAUGCCUUAGACCCCUCAAACAAGAAGGAUCCUUAUGGGGUUGCCAAGGUCAGUUUUAGGGAUCUUCUGUUUGGCCAAAAGUUAAUGGACUUGUUUGUGCCCAUUCAGAGAUGUAAGUCUGAUUCUGCUGGCAAAAAAAAGGAGGGCAAAGGAGAAAAAAGAAUUUCGGGAAGUCGUGGACCCAUGGAAAAUCCGUAUCUUUCUUCGAUGCCCGUAGGCAACUACUUUGAAUCCUCCACAUUGCUUAAACUGAGGAUAGAAAUACAUGUGCCCCUGACGAUGGAACUAGGCCUGCAUGAAAUUGCAGGCGAUCGGUUUGGGCGUAUAAUUUUCAUUUUUGAUUCUUCCAAAACCGAAUUCUUUGGGUCUCUUCUGAAGACCAUUGCCGAAAUCAAUGCCAAAGCUCUAGACUUAGACAUGUAUCCUCUUCAUGACAUUCAAGAGGUGCUCUCAGCCUUUAAAGUGAAAGUGAAGGUACAGGCAAACCUCGACCAGGAUGUGAUUACUGGAUUCCAUUUGUUUGAUGGAAAAAUUCACCUCUUUAUUUUGGAAGGACUGGCAGCACAUGGAUUAAGGAAGUUAUGGGAGAAAUAUCAGAAUCAAGCAGCCGAUUCAGAAGAUGGAAAGUUGAAAGUUUUAUAUAACUCGGAGUUAACAUUUCAUGAGCGACUGUAUGCGGAUCUCGAUUCCAUCUUAUACCAUAUCCAUCUCUGCAAACCUCUUUCAUCUAUAGUAAAACAGUCGAUGCUUUUUGUCAGAGGAUGGGUUCCUCAACCAUCUUUACAAGCCCUGUUAAAGCUCGACACCGUCUGCCAUAGCAAGAAACUCAGAGAUGUCAUAGAAAGAGAUCUGUUUCCUUCAGCAGAAAUGGUAAAAUAUAUGAGCCAAGAGUUCGGGAUUCCUAAAAACAUUGAUGGAGCAUUUCUAACUAAAAGAACCUUUGAGCUGCCUGAGGUGAAAACAGUCAAAUAUUUUCCUCCUGAUGGGAAAUCUGUAUAUAACUACAGCAUGCAGACUUUGAACUCAGGGGAACUGGCAAAGCAAAAGUUGAUUGCUCAGAUGGACAAGGAAAGAGGGAAAAGGUUCACUUACUCCAAAAAAUACCUCUCAGGCCUGCCAGAACCUUUCGACUUGAAACGUUCAAAAUCCAAAACUAGGUUAUGGCUUACUCCAGAAGGAUUUCACAUUCCUGGGUAUCAGACCAGUUUUGAAUCGAACCGACAUCCCAAGAUGCCAGAUGAAAAUCGGGUGGAAGAUUUGAAAGAGUCAUGGCAAGAAAAUACUCUAUUUACUAAUAUCCUGAAACCUGUCCUCGAUAGGGGUAGGAUGAGUUGGGACCUGCGACAUGUGGAUUUUGACAUUUACUCGAAGCCACCUUCUACUCUCCAUCUACCUAUUCCUCCUGAACAUUUUACCCUAAAAGGUACCAAACUCAUUUUAAAUGUCAAAGCUCUUUUCUGUUUUCCUCAGGUUUGGAUGAUGUCUGACAUUUGUUGUUUCCAACAUGCCUAACUCCUUGUUCAUUGGAUUUCUUGGACUCUUCUCCCAGUAGGUCAAUUUUGUUUUUUUA